AUGGAAAUCCUUGAAAAUGUCUGGAAAUUUGAAGAUUAUCAACAAAAUUUUAUGCAGGAAUUCUGUGCAUGGAAACGAAAAUGGAGAAACGUGAAAACACGGAAACAGAAACGUGAAAACUUGGAGGAAAGUUGCCAAGUCUGUUCUGAACUGAAUGGAGGCAUCUUAUAUGAGAAAUUUGGUAGUGGUUUAUCAUCAACAUUGAAUGAUUCGCAAUUGAAUGCAGUUCUUGCCUGUCUUGAUGGAGUGCGUUGUGAUCACAAGUCCUCUGUGCAACUUAUAUGGGGUCCCCCCCUGGAACAGGGAAAACUAAAGCUAACCCUUACUUGUGACCCGACGAAUGUUGCAAUUACAGAAGUUGCUUCUCGUGUUCUGAAGCUGCUGAAAGAAUCGAUUAAAACUGAUGACUAUGGAAGUGAGACUCUGUUGCUUCCUCUUGGAGAUAUUCUCUUGUUUGGGAGUAAGGAGAGACUCAAAGUUGGUCAAGAAAUCGAAGAAAUAUAUUUGGAUUAUCGCGUUAAAAAGCUUUCAGAGUGUUUUGGUACGCUGACUGGCUGGAGGCAUUGCUUCUCAUCCAUAAUGGAUUUACUUGAAGAUUGUGUUUCUCAGUAUCACAUUUUCUUGGAGAAUAAAUUGAUAAAGAAGAGAGAAAGUAUUGACAAAAAUGAAGUCAAAGAGAAUUACAGGAAUAUGGAAAUGGAAGGUGACAAUGAGGAGUUGAAAUCAUUUCUUGAAUUUGUGAGAGAUAGAUUUAAACAUACUGCCACUCCUCUUAGGAAUUGUUUAUUUAUCUUCUGCACUUACAUACCCAAACGUUUCAUUUUGGAAAGUAAUUUUCAAAAUAUGAUAGAUCUUAUCAGUUUACUUGAUUCUGUCGAAACUUUGCUGUUUCAAAAAGAUGUAGUUUCUGACGAGCUACAAGAGCUCUUUUCACAUUCAGUAGCUGAAGAGUUUUUUUCAUCACCUGGGCAUAGAGAUUACUUGUUGCAGAAAAUAAGAGGUGAAUGCCAUACAGUUUUAAGAAAUCUUCAGGAUUCCUUUAGUGAACUUAAGUUUGCAAGGGGUAUGAACAUAGAUUCAUUAAAAGAUUUCUGCUUUAAAACAGAUUCGGUAAUAUUUUGCACUGCUUCUAGUUCAUUUAAGCUGCAUUCAGUGGCCAUGGAACCACUGAACGUUCUGGUCAUUGAUGAAGCGGCACAACUAAAAGAAAGUGAGUCGACAAUAGCCCUGCAACUGUUGGGCUUAAAUCAUACUAUUCUCAUUGGGGAUGAGUGCCAAUUGCCAGCAACGGUUAAAAGCAAGGUUUCUGAUGAAGCUUCCUUCGGGAGAAGCUUAUUUGAGAGGCUGAGCUCAUUGGGUUGCUCUAAACACCUGCUCAAUACACAGUAUCGGAUGCACCCCUCAAUUAGCUACUUCCCAAAUUCAUAUUUUUAUAACAACCAGAUUUGGGAUUCUCCUAAUGUUAAAAGAAAAAUCAACAAAAAUGUCUUUUUGCCAAGAUCUCCAAUAUUCCGUCCAUAUUCUUUCAUCAAUAUUCUUGAAGGGAGAGAAGAGUUCAUUGGCCGUAGCUGGAGAAAUAUGGUUGAGGUAGCUGUUGUGAUGAAAAUAUUGCAGAACCUGUACAAAGAUUGGAAUGACUCAAAACAGAAGCUGAGCAUUGGCAUAGUCUCACCUUACAGUGCUCAAGUACAAGCAAUUAAAAAAAAACUUGGAGGCAAGUAUGAUGACUCUGAUGACUUUACUGUAAAAGUGAAGUCAAUUGAUGGGUUUCAAGGUGGUGAGGAGGACAUUAUUAUAAUUUCCACUGUGAGAAGCAACGAAAGGGGAUCCAUUGGAUUCUUGUCGAAGCCACAGAGAAUCAAUGUUGCACUUACAAGGGCCAGGCACUGUUUAUGGAUUUUAGGGAAUGAAAGAACCUUAACUCAUGGUGAAUCUGUUUGGAAAAUCUUAAUCAAUGAUGCUAAGGACCGCUGUUGUUUCUUUAAUGCUGAUGAAGAUAAGGAUUUGGCCAAAGCUAUAUUAGAGGCCAAAAAGGAGCUUAAUGAAUUGGAUGAAUUGCUGAAUGCUGACAGUAUACUUUUCAACAAUCAAAAGUGGAAGGUAUAUUGUUUCCUUAGCUAUACUUGCUUUGCCAAUCAAUUUUUCCUACCAUGGUUAGUGCUUAUAUUUGUCAGUGACGCUGAUUUCACUUGGAUGUUCACUUGA